UUAGACAGAGACCGCUUGAAUCGUGUGAUUCAUUCCAAAGUGAGGGAAUGUGACAAGACUGACAACGCGAAAAACUCACCAAAAUCGACGAUUAAAUGGAUUAAGACAGUAAAAAAAUGAAAGAUGUAUUUUGUAUUUGAAUAGCUGAACCUGUUUGAACAUGAAGUUGGUUAAUAAAGACAUCGAGAAGGAUAAUGCCGGUCAGGUGACGCUCAUACCUGAGGAGGCAGAGGACAUGUGGCACACCUACAACCUGCUGCAGGUGGGAGACAGUCUCCGAGCCUCCACCAUCAGGAAGGUGCAGACGGAGUCAUCCACAGGCAGUGUGGGCAGUUCUCGAGUACGCACCACACUCACUGUAUGUGUGGAGACCAUCGACUUUGAUUCUCAGGCCUGUCAGCUGAGAGUGAAGGGAACCAACAUCCAGGAGAACCAGUAUGUGAAGAUGGGUGCCUAUCACACCAUUGAACUGGAGGUAAACAGGAAGUUCACACUCGCCAAAAAAUGCUGGGACAGUGUGGUGCUGGACAGAAUUGACCAAGCAUGUGAUCCCGCUCAGAAAGCAGAUGUGGCCGCUGUGGUGAUGCAGGAAGGUCUUGCCAACUUGGUGCUUGUGACCCCUGCCAUGACCUUGCUGAGAGCAAAAAUUGAGGUCACUAUUCCCCGCAAGAGGAAAGGCAGCUGCACACAACAUGACAAGGCAUUAGAGCGCUUUUAUGAGGCUGUUAUGCAGGGGAUUCUCAGACACUUCAGUUUUGAUGUGGUGAAGUGUAUUCUGGUAGCCAGUCCAGGCUUCGUGAAAGAUCAGUUCAUCUCGUACAUGUUCAAAGAGGCAGUAAGACAAGACUGUAAAAUCCUGCUGGAGAACAGACCCAAAUUCAUGCUGGUUCACUCCUCAUCCGGACACAAAUACUCACUAAAAGAAGUUCUGUCUGAUCCAGCAGUCACAGCUCGAUUGUCUGACACAAAGGCAGCUGGAGAGGUGAAGGCUCUGGAAGACUUUUACAAAAUGCUUCAACAGGAGCCUGAUCGAGCUUUCUAUGGGUUGGCUCAUGUGGAGAAAGCGAGUGAAGCUUUAGCCAUUGACAUCUUACUGAUCAGUGACAAACUAUUCAGGCAUCAGGACAUAGCCACACGCAGCCGUUAUGUUCGGCUGGUGGACAACGUCAGAGACAAUGGAGGAAAUGUCAGAAUGUUCUCAAGUCUGCAUGUAUCUGGAGAGCAGUUGAAUCAGCUGAGCGGUGUGGCAGCAAUCCUGAGGUUCCCCAUCGCUGACGUGUCUGAGGCUGAGGACGACAGCAGCUCUGAUGAAGACUAAUGUUAUCAUCAUCUCUCUGCUUUCAUGGGUCUCAUGCUAAAGAGAUAUUAUACGAAAGAUUGGAGACACGUCACAUUUAGGACUGCAUGGAGUUAAGACUCCAUAAUUGCCUUAAUAAAGAAUCUGAAAGCAAUUGAAACAUGACAACAAAAAAAAAUUAAUGUGUCUUAAGAGUAAUUAUUAAGCCGGAAAGCACUAAAGAAUACUUAAAUGCCAAACAAUACUUUAAUAAUCCAUUAGCCAUAAAACUAAAAUCUUUUGUAUGUACACAGUACUUAAGAAACAUAGAAUUACACCCAUUCUGUGACAGUAGAGUUAAAGAAAAUAGUUCACUAAUUUCUUAAUCUUUCAUUUAUCAAAUUAACAAAUAGUGAUAGAUGGAUUGAUAGUUUCUAAGCAAAAGAUGGUUUUGCAUCACUAUGUAGCAACUUCAGCUUGUAAUUCGUCCCACACUAUUUGUUCUACAAACAUGAAUGUACCUCAAAUUAUGCUUUUUGUGGAGAGGUGCAAUUUGACAUGAAUCAUAGAGAUUUGAGGGGGAGCUAUUUUGACUGGCAAGUAAAUCAACCCAGAACACCCUAGCAACUGCAUAACAAACAUGCUUAAACCACUCAGUAAAACUAUUUUUAGGUAAAAGGUAUUUACAUGCAAUAAUCAGAAGUCAGUGUAACCUGGAAGUACUGGAGUAGAUGGGUUUCCAGUAUCUUACCCUGAAGGAAGCAGCAGUGAUCUGUUGAGUAAUGUGAGAUUAGCUGAGCAUGUACUAGCAUUCAUGCCAAAUUAAAGUGAAUGGUGCAAUGAUGCAUACCAAGUUUCAUCUUGGUAUGCCAAACUGUUGGUAAACUACAGCGUUUUAUGAAACAAUUGCAGUGUGCAAAGACAUUGGAUAUCGUUCAAUUUAAAGAGAUCAGUCCCAAUAUUUAAGGCCAAAUUAUUCAAAAGUUAUAAGCAAACAAAAAAUGUGUAUCAGGUCAUUGUGGUGAUGCCAUAUACCAAGUUCCGUUUCAAUAUGCCAGAGUGUUGCAAAGAUACACAAAUUUACACUUAUAUUUCUGCUCAUAACUUCUGAACCGUGUGGUCAAAAAACUAGAUAUUUUUUCUUGGAUUCUGUGGCUCAUGUUGAAUGCGUACCCUGAUUCCAAUUUCUGCCCAAUUUUUUUCCUUCAAAAUUUUUUUUGCUACUACAAAUUUUGUCAAGUCUUUCCCAAAUUUGGCUCAGAUGAUCUUCAGAGCAAGACGCACAGAAUCUCACAUAGGUGAUGGCAAGCAGGCUAAACACAAAGUGAGGCUUUAGCUAGGCAACACUUUGGCGUAUUGAAUCGAAACUUGGUAUAUUUCAUUGGCACCAUGACCUGAGGGUAUCACCAGUUUAGGGCCAACGCCACCUAUUGGGGAGAAAUGUGGAAAAGGGCUGCUUUUGCUUAUAACUUUUGAAUAAAAUCAUUGUGGCCUAAAAUCAUGA